AUGCUUUUCAGCAGAGGAAACUCAUUCUGGUGACGGCGUGAGCCAUCCAUGAUGAUUUCCCCAGUGUUCAUUUUGUUUGUGAGUUUUCUCUGCCAUGUUGCUGUGGCAGGACGCACCUGUCCCCAGCCAGAAGACUUACCAUUUUCUGUGGUUGUCCCAUUAAAGACAUCCUAUGAGCCAGGGGAGCAGAUAGUAUACUCCUGCAAGCCAGGCUAUGUGUCCAGAGGAGGGAUGAGACGUUUUACCUGUCCUCUCACAGGAAUGUGGCCCAUCAACACUCUGAGAUGUUUACCCAGAGUAUGUCCUUUUGCUGGAAUCUUAGAAAAUGGAGCAGUACGCUAUACAACUUUUGAAUACCCCAAUAUGAUUAGUUUCUCUUGUAACACUGGGUUUUAUCUGAAUGGAACUAAUUCUGCUAAAUGUACUGAAGAAGGAACAUGGAGUCCAGCGCCCCCUGUCUGUGCCCCAAUCACCUGCCCUCCACCACCAGUACCUAAGUUUGCAACUCUUAAGGCUUACAAGCCAUCCAUUGGAAACAACUCCCUCUACCAGGACAGGGCAGUCUUUGAAUGUUUACCACACCACGCUAUGUUUGGAAAUGACACAGUCACAUGCACAGCCCAUGGAAACUGGACAGAGUUACCAGAAUGCAGGGAAGUAAAAUGCCCAUUCCCAUCAAGGCCAGACAAUGGGUUCGUGAACUACCCUGCAAAACCAGUGCUACUUUACAAGGAUAAAGCCAAAUUUGGUUGCCACGAUACAUAUUCCUUGGAUGGUCCCGAUGAAGUUGAGUGCACCAAGCUGGGAAACUGGUCUGCCCAGCCUAGCUGCAAAGUGUCUUGUAAAAUAUCUAUUAAGAAAGCCACAGUGAUAUACCAAGGAGAAAGAGUAAAGAUCCAGGAACAAUUUAAGAAUGGAAUGAAACAUGGUGACAAAGUUUCUUUCUUCUGCAAAAAUAAGGAAAAGAAGUGCAGUUAUACCGAGGAGGCUCAGUGCAUAGAUGGGACCUUGGAAGUCCCCAAGUGUUUCAAGGAACAUAGUUCUUUGGCUUUCUGGAAGACGGAUGCCUCAGACGUAAAGCCUUGCUGAAGUCACACUCUGAGUCAAAAUCCAAUGUCAUAUUUGUAGCUCUGUCUGUCCAAGGAAUCCAAAAGAAGCAGAGAAAUAAAGUUGCUGGGGGUAUUACCUCUGCCAUUAUAUUACAGUGCUGCUCCUACUCCAUAUGGGAGCUUGCUUUUAGUUAUGUUAAUAAAACCCCAAAGUUUGGAAUACCAUUA